AUUUCGAGGUCGCUUGUACCAUACCUUGAGUAGCUAGAACGCAUCACCUAGAGGCCCGUGGUAUCAUAGACAAAAAUCUGUUGCGUCGAAGCCAUGUGAAAUAGGACUACAAAAUACAUGACAUAGGUAACAGUGUGAUAUUGGACGCAUGCAGCCAGACAGUUUUAAUACAGGAUUGCGCUUAAUUAUGUUCAUAGAAGACAGUGGCUCCUAAAUCUAAUACUGAUUAGAUAUACUAGCUGGAAUAUAUUACACCCUUUCAAGCCAUCGUAUUCAGCUUUUUAUACGUAAGAACAUGCCUAAACGUGAAGAAACAUGAGUUGCUGUGGUGGCCAUAACCGUGUGCGACCUUUUGAUGACGGAUCGGUUAAAGUCGAUGAUGAUUUUGAUGGGCCGUUAUCAGACAGGAGCUGUAGUGAUAUUCCAUGUCUUGUUAUCUUCCUCGCAUUCCUCGGUGGUAUGGGAUACGUAACAUACCUGGCCCUUCGGGAUGGAAAUCCGGACAGGUUGAUAUACGGGGAUGAUAGUUACGGUAACGUCUGUGGCAAGAAGAACAACCCUAUUGAGAAUGUGUCUCUAUCCGGGAUGGACAUGACCGAUAGACCCUAUGUAUUUUUCUUUGACGACAUCGCGAUGUCGAAACUCAAAACAAGGUCCAAACGGCUUUGCGUUUCCCAAUGCAACAACGAGACGGUGUCCGAUCUCGAUGACAUUCACGACCUCGCCAUGAACAAUAUCACCAGACUAUGUACAUACGAUGUGGAGGUCGAUGAUUACCUACACGCCACACAGGGGGCACUGAAAGAUUGCCCAUCAACGCCCAUCGCAGCAAGCAAGCCCAUCCUAUUUCGAUGCAUUCGCUCUGACGUCAUAGGAAUUGCCUCGUCUUUGCUUCAAAACGACAUUAUUCAGAGUGCCCUCGCCGACAUCGAGAAGUCUUGGAGAGAGAUUGUAUACCUCUGUCUCAUCGCAUUUGGACUUUCCAUCGCUGUCGUCAUCCUCCUUCGUUUCCUUGCUGGUCCUAUCAUCUGGACCAUGGUGUUCGGGUCCAUCCUGGGUAGCAUGGGCGGAUCGGGCUACCUCUGGUACUCCUGGUACAUUGCCAGAGCCGCACUUCAAGAAACACCUGCCGAAUUGCAACUUGAAAAGGAUAAACGGGACCUGAAGACCAUGUUGAUAUAUGCCAGCAUAGCAUCAGCUGUGUCUGUGAUUUUCUUGCUGAUCCUUCUGGUGAUGUUCAAGCGGAUCGCUCUGGUUGUGACUCUCUUCAAAGAAGCAGGAAAAGCGAUCGGGGCCAUGCCUUUACUUCUCAUGCAACCUCUAUGGACCAGCCUAUUUUUGUUGUCCUUUUGUGCUGGGUGGGUAUACAUCUAUCUCUUCAUAGCUACGGCUGGUCAGCCACAGGCUACACCCGACGGUCUCGUCCAGUAUGUUAAAGAUUCUUUUUCGAAGUACAUGGGCUGGUACUACAUCUUCGGCCUCCUUUGGGUGACACAGUUCAUAUUGGCCUGUCAAGAAUGCACCAUAGCUGGCGCUGUUGCAGAAUGGUUUUUCGCUCGAGACAAGAGUUUGCUCAGAAUGCCCAUUCUCAAAUCCAUUGGCCGCAUUAUAAGAUACCAUCUUGGAUCCCUUGCCUUUGGUUCGAUCCUCAUCGCGAUUAUCAUGUUUAUCCGUAUCAUCAUUGGUUACAUCCAGUCAAGGCUGAAAGGGGCUCAGUCAGCGGCUGCCCAAUACUGCCUGAAGUGCAUGCAGUGUAUCUUAUGGUUGUUCGAGAAAGUGCUGAGAUACAUCAACAGGAACGCUUACAUUGAAAUUGCUAUUUACGGAUAUAACUUCUGCAAGGCGGCGCAGAAGGCCUUCUCGCUACUUGUCUCCAACGCUCUCCGAGUGGCCGCCAUCAACUCCGUGGGCGAUUUCCUUCUCCUUCUUGGUAAAAUCGCCGUCACUGCUUGUGUUGUUGUCAUAGGCCUCCAGCUCCUACAGGAAAGAGAGGAUCUCAAUUCCUACGCCAUCCCGAUCGCGCUGGCCGCCAUCUUCGCGUUCUUCAUCAGCCAUGUCUUCCUGUUAGUUUAUGAGAUGGCGAUCGACACUUUAUUCCUGUGUUUCUGUGAAGAUAGUGAGCGAAAUGACGGGAUCCGGAAACCUUAUUACAUGAGCAAGCAACUAAUGAGCUUUGUAGAGAAUGCCACGAAAGCCCAGGCCAUCAGUAAUGCCGCCAAGGGCACUAUAGGAAGAGAAGGAAAGUAACGCGUUUCAAAAUCAUCACCGUUAUUCUGAAGCAGACCACUUUCUUGACAAUAGCCUUUAUGAUAAAAUAUAAUAAAAUUGUUUAUUGAAAUUUUUAUUACGAUAUUUUGAAUGUUCCAUUUUUCCUAAUUCUGCUCAUGAAACCGAAUAAAGAAGGACAUAAGGACAUAUUAUGUGCUGAAAUUCUUGCCUUUUUUAUUGAAAAAGAUAAUUAAAUUUUUAAAAGUUAGUACUGUGCGGAAUAAAGAACGCGUAUGACAAGUUAUUUAUUUAGUACUUAUGAUAGAAGCUCUGUAUAUAUUACAGAUAAUAAAUUAUAUAAUUAUGAUUAUACAAAUUCGACGCAAAUACUAUAUCAAAGAAGCUUAUAUACAUAUUCUUUAUAAGACUUAAGUAUUAUUCUGGUUUUUUUUUAUAAACAUAUUGAGUAUUGUGGGUAAAUUACUUCCGUCCAUGUUUCUUAGAGGAAGUUGAAUAGAAAUGUUUUUUUGUAUUUGUUGUUUGUGUGUGUUCCAUCAAAUUACUGUGCAUUCAGUGCACUUUGUAAGGGCAAAUUGAAAUGAUUAAUGCGAUGAAUUUGUAUUUUUUUUACAUUGCUGUAUGUACACGAGUUUAAUUUCCUUGUUUUCAGGGUCUAUAACACGAUUUCAAUUUCCUUAACAGUACCUAAAAAUAAAUAAAUCACAUCAUAUAUAUAUAUACUUGCGCAUUAUAGAAGCAAAAAUUAGUGAAGAGUUUCCACCCAAACGCCUUGGAAAAACACUUGCGUCUUUUGAAGUCAUCACCUAUUUCGAGGGCACUCUCUCUUAAAAUUUGUCCCGACCGAUAAGCUAAUAAAAAAGGGGUCCGGGUGCACUAAAAUCACCCAGAAAGUCGGGCCCCAGAAAUACAAUAUUUGACAUAAAUUUGUAUUGUCAUUUUUUUAAUUACUCAUACUUCUUCAUCCUCCUUUAUAACCACUCUGGUACCCUGAGAACAACUGCGUACAUGUAUAUUCCGUCCAUGCUUGAAUUUUUUGUAUGUUGAAAAGUAUAUGAAACUUUGUGUUAUAAAAAAAAAACCGUGAAAAAAUCUCAUUAUGUAAUACUCUUCAACCUGCAAUUCAAAACGUGUCCUCCCUCUAAACUUUAGGAAAUGCUUAAAAGAUAAUCAAGGCUCAACUACAGUUCGAUUUCAAAGAUUAAACAUCUCUGUCAAUUUCAAUUAUUACAUUCUGUACAGAUUCUAAUUUCUAAAAAUGUAUGUUGGUUUUAUUGUGCAUUGUAAGAUAUUUAAUUUUAUGUUGAUUGUGCAUCCUGUUUGAAGAUUGUUAAUAAAUUGUGAACUAUACAUUUUUUAU